AACACUCACACACCUCCAUGGACUAAAUUGUACAGAAGAACCCCCAAAACAACCAUUAUACUACAUGUGAGCGGACUAUGCACGCAUAACACAGAUCAUUUAACUUUGAGUCAAAAACAGCCUGCACCGAGACACACUGGGACCUACUUUUUCUUUUUUUUUGAAAAUUUAUUGCAAAAUCUGCUGCUGCAAAAAAGCAACUUCGGGGUGAUCGUAUUGGAUUAGAUGCAUGUCACUGAUUGCCUGCCUUCUGUAGGAUAAAUUAAGGAGAGACGCACAUCCGAGAGAGGGAUUUAACGGUCUAAAGCGAGUAAAGAGAAACUAAAGAAAGAAGAAAAAGUUGCCUCGUCUGUUUUCCACGCGUCGUCAUGCCGAGGUACAACUUCUUACUGUGCUUGAUGGUGCUCGUUUCCCUGGGACAGUCGGGGAGCGAUGAGCCCAAUCUGCUGCUUCCCUCUCCCAGCGAGACGCCCACGGAUGCCGGGCUGUCCCUGCUGGACGAGGACGCCGGUUCCCACGAGUGCUCCGCCUGUGUGUGGAGGGAGCAGAGCAAAGUGCUGAGACUGGAGACCAUAAAGUCCCAGAUCCUGAGCAAGCUGCGUCUGAAGCAGGCGCCCAACAUCAGCCGGGAGGUGGUCAAUCAGCUGCUCCCCAAGGCGCCUCCGCUCCAGCAGCUGCUGGACCACCACGACUUCCAGGGAGACGCGUCGUCCCAGGAUGAGUUCAUGGAGGAGGAUGAGUACCACGCCACCACGGAGUCCGUGAUCACCAUGGCCUCUGAGCCGGAGCCCCUGGUGCAGGUGAACGGUAAGCCGAGCUGCUGCUUCUUCAAGUUCAGCCCUAAACUGAUGUUCACCAAGGUGCUAAAGGCCCAGCUAUGGGUGUACCUGCGGCCACUGCAGCAGACCUCCACCGUCUACCUGCAGAUCCUGCGGCUUAAGCCCGUCACAGAGCAGGGAAGUCGCCACAUCCGUAUACGCUCCCUGAAGAUCGAGCUGAACUCCCGGGUCGGCCACUGGCAGAGUAUUGACUUUAAGCAUGUGUUGCAGAACUGGUUCAAACAGCCUCACACCAACUGGGGAAUCGACAUCAACGCCUUCGACGAGAGCGGCAAUGACCUGGCUGUUACCUCACUGCGACCCGGGGAGGAGGGGCUGCAGCCGUUCCUGGAAGUAAAGGUUCUUGAGACGACCAAACGUUCACGGAGAAACCUUGGCCUGGACUGUGAUGAGCACUCAACAGAGUCCCGCUGCUGUCGCUAUCCUUUGACUGUGGAUUUUGAGGCUUUUGGCUGGGACUGGAUCAUUGCGCCCAAACGCUACAAAGCCAACUACUGCUCAGGCCAAUGCGAGUACAUGUUCAUGCAGAAAUACCCGCACACCCACCUGGUGCAGCAUGCAAACCCUCGAGGCUCUGCAGGGCCCUGCUGUACCCCAACCAAGAUGUCCCCCAUUAACAUGCUGUACUUCAAUGACAAGCAGCAGAUCAUUCACGGCAAAAUCCCAGGGAUGGUGGUGGAUAGAUGUGGCUGCUCUUAGGCUCAAGGGGAGACGCACACUUGUGUACAGCCACCAUUGCAUCAAACCACCGAAAACCCUUAAGGAGCCCACCAGAACCCACUCCUCUGCACCAGAUUUCACUUUUGCUCAGCCACAAAAUCAUCCCACUGAGUUUCCAUUUUUCCAGUAAUUUAAGUGAUUCUGACUGUAAAAAAUAUAAAUGAAACAUGAAUCAAAAACAGACUGAGUGAUGGAAAACCAGUACUUUGAAUGAUAAAAAAAGAGGAUGUGCUUGUGGAGCAGCUUCAGAAACAGUAAAUGAGACAAAACUAUGUUAAUGAGUGCAUUUUAGUUUUGUGGAUUUUAAAGAGAUUUUUAUUGCAUCUUUGUGAAAUGUCCAGGUCUGUGGAUUAAGUGGACAGGAGACAUAAGCAUUUACAAUAUUUUCAAAACAGUUUCAGUCUGAAGGUGAGUUUGGAAAUACUGAAUUUCCCGGAGACACUGACUUACGGGUGAGAUUUGAUCCACUAACAUGUUUGCAAAGGGGGCAUUUUAAUAAAUAUUUUUGCAUCCAUCACUUUAAAAAAAAAAAGGAACAAAAUCCAUGCUCACGUGCGGAGGGUUAUGGUUAGAUAUAGCCUAAAAGUAAUUCCAAAAUCUUGUUUACAGAUGUUUAGAGAUGUGCUUUAGAGAUGUAAAGAGAUGAAAAAAACCAAACCUAUACCCUCUAUUAAUGUAUAACACCCCAGUGUGACAUUCUCGAGUAUCCACGAAACCUUCAGUUACUUUGAUCUUUUUUAUGUGCAGUCUUGUAAAACUCAAAAAGGAAAAGGGAGAAAAGAGGUUAUACUAUCUUAACGCUUUCUCUAAACGUACACAGAUACAUCAAGUAUAUCUGUUUCUGCCAUUCUGUGACAAGAGAUAAUACAGGUUUAGGUGUCAUUUGCACACUACAGUCUAAAACGGUACUGUAAUGGAGAUGCACUCUGGAGUCAUUCAGCACUGCCUGUGAGAGGAGGAGGAGGAGCAGACGUGUCAAGAGCCCGACAAAUUUCUUUUCUUCUCUUUAUCAAAGGAAAGUUGACUUUACCACUUUCAGCUUUUAUUGUUACAGAGUACGAAAUGCACUGUUUCAUAACUUGAGAAGGCCUUUGGCACAGAAAGAAGAACACGAAAAUAAAACAAUGUAAUACAGUAAGGGUUGUUGGUAUGCUCAAGGUUUCCCUCCUAUGUCACUGAGCUGAAAACAUGAAGACAGUGCUAUCACUUCACAAUCAUUCAAACAGCAUUCGUUCAUAUAUGUUAGUAAAAAUACAGUUAUAUAGGGAAAAAGCAGCUUCUUUAUUCAUUUCAAGCAAGUUCACAGACUUUUCAAAAAGUACUUUGAGUCAAAAAAAAAAAUAACAGCAAAAUGUUUAGCUACAGUACUUGACUCAGAAAUGAAGGCCUUUAUAGAUUACAGCAAACAUCCUAAAAAUCAAGAGAAUGUAACUCAGCCACUGAUUUUAGAGAAGCUAUUUAAUGACAUUUCUGAAACAACCCAAUCCACCUCCACCUCAACUAUAUCAACGGUAUAAUGGAGAAAGUAUUGUUAGUGCUUGAAUAUGGAGUAGAUUAUGUGCUUGAAGUCUGUCUUUGUCUCCUGGAUGUCAAAGCAAAGAUAUCCUUUUGUUAUAAACGAAAGCACUAUGCUGUUGGAUAAAGGAAGAGCCUUCUGACAUUAUAUAUAAAAGAUAUAUGUAUAUAUUAAAAAGGGGUACAAAAACCUUUUUGGGGCACUCUACCUUACCAACAAUAAAUUUUGCACUAUGGGAUGUUCAUGGCGUGAGGAGGUUAAGUGUUGUUUGUGUUUUACCAAGCACAAGAGAGCUUGUACAGUGUAGGAAAAAAACUAUUCAAGCUUCUGGUGAUAAACCCAAAACUAGAAAGGUUAUCACCUCUCUUUUGAUAUCAUCACGCUUUCCUGACUUUUGUCUGAAGCGGGGGCCUGUCCAUACACUCACUCACUGCUGUCCAAUCUGGAACCUGGACUUGCUGUACCAGCGGCCUGAAAGGCCUCCUUGCCCACUCUGGGUGAUUAGUCAUGUGUAAUCUAAGUGUCUGGAUCAAUAAACAGAGAAUGCUUUAACUGGAAAUGGCCCACCCACCAACUUUAAUCUGUUACCAUUUUAGAGAGACUGCGUCCUUUUGACCUAAACAAUGUGUCAACUGUCUUUCAUGGACAUGUUUUUGCCUUGUGUUUGUAUUUUGAGUGACAGCACCCAUGUAAGAAUGGGAGGAGUAUCCAGGGAUUGUUAGCCAAAGUAGAGGAUGACAUGCCAUGUGUUGUAACUUUUGUGAUUGCAGGAAAAUGCUAGAACAUUUCAAAGCGAGGAAAAAGCUGAUUUAGGGGCAGUGGUUGGAAAUAAUUCAACUGGUAAAUUGUUUAUUUAUUAAUAUUAAUUUCAAUGCAUUUCAAAGUCUGUCUACCUCACUUCUAAAAACUUUGCUUUUUGAAAUUUGUCAUCCAUUAAUUUGUAAAAACAAUUAACCCAUAAAAUCCUUAUCCCCACCAAAACCACCCCCCAAAAUGUGUAGAUGAAAACCACAGGGUCCCCUUGCUCUCAGGUUCAGAUUGAGUUAUUGACAGAGUGAUUGAUGGUAGCACCUCUGGUCAUGUGUGGUCAAAAAAUAUUUAGCUCUGCCCACAUUUAUGGCUUGUCAAGAAGUUGCAUUUUAAAUUUUAAGUGUUUGUAUACUGGUAUGUGUGAGACUGUUUCAUAUAAAUAUAUGAGAGUAAGAAAUCUCUAUGUAAAUACCUACCCAAAUGUUGACCUUUAUGAUGUUUUGGACAGGUUCACCGCUUCUAAUGUUUUGCUCACUUUCCCCCUUCAUUCCUCUGUUCUUUGUGUAGUUUAAUAAAAUCACCUCAACUUUGUAGUUUAAUGGUUGUGCAUAUGAUAACUGUUCAAUUGUUAUUUUUGUCUUUUG